ACGUUGAAAGAGGCGGGGUGCUCUAAAAAUUACUACAUCCACCCUUUCUGCCUCCACAUCUUCUCACUUUUCAAACAGAUUGUAACGUUGGACCACGGCGAUACCAUUGGACGAGUUUCCUCAAACGUUAUCGGAAGACCUGUUUUGAUAUUUCUUUUUUCUGUCAGGUUCAACGAAGAAAACCAGCUAUUCUGCUAAGUUAACGUUAUGGCAAAAGGAGAGGGAGGUGAACAAUACUCAAACGCCAGUUUACUGGAGAAACCGGCCAGCUCGGAUGGUAUAACGCUCGCCAGGAAGCAUGAACAUAGGAACAGGUUGUCAGUCUGCAACAAGAUAUGCUAUGCCAUCGGUGGAGCACCCUACCAAAUCACAGGAUGUGCCCUGGGAUUUUUCCUGCAGAUCUAUCUGCUGGAUGUAGCUCAGCUGGAUCCCUUCUAUGCCUCCAUCAUCUUGUUUGUGGGCCGAGCAUGGGACGCCAUAACGGACCCCACGGUGGGCUUCCUGGUCUCCCGAAGCCCAUGGACGCGCUUCGGACGCAUGCUGCCCUGGAUCGUGCUGUCCACCCCUUUGGCCGUGCUUUCCUAUUUCCUCAUAUGGUACGUUCCUCCCUUUGAGAACGGCAAAGUCAUCUGGUACCUUAUCUUCUACUGCCUCUUCCAGACCCUUCAAACUUGCUUCCAUGUGCCAUACUCUGCGCUCACCAUGUUCAUCAGCUCAGAGCAGAAGGACAGAGACUCGGCCACCGCAUACAGGAUGACUGUGGAGGUUCUGGGGACUGUUCUCGGUACAGCUAUCCAGGGGCAGAUUGUGGGUAUGGCGAACGCUCCCUGCCUCCCAGGACCGCGCGACAUUGUGACGAACCUGAGCAACUCCUCAGUGUCUUCCGGACUCAAUAACUCCGAGCCUGUCAUUUCCCUGGACCACACGAAAACGGCCUACAUGAUUGCCUCCGGUGUCAUCUGCAUUAUCUACGUCCUCUGUGCUAUUGUGGUUUUCUUCGGUGUGAGAGAGCAAAAAGAGUCUUGUCGUCCCAGAUCAGAGCCCAUGGGUUUCUUCCAGGGGAUUAAGCUGGUGAUGGGACAUGGACCGUACGCCAAACUGGUCAUGGUCUUCCUCUUUACCUCGCUAGGUUUCAUGCUCCUGGAGGGCAACUUUGCACUGUUCUGCAGCUCCACCCUGGGCUUCAGAAACGACUUUCAGAAUAUCCUGCUGGUCAUCAUGCUCUCCGCUACUCUGGCCAUCCCGUUCUGGCAGUGGUUCCUGACUCGCUUUGGAAAAAAGACGGCGGUCUGCGCCGGCUCCUUGUCUGUGGUUCCCUUCAUGAUCCUGGUGGUGUGUAUGAAGAGUAACCUGAUCGUCACCUACGUUGUCUCCUUUGCUGCCGGGGUGGGAGUGGCUGCAGCCUUCCUGCUGCCCUGGUCUAUGCUGCCUGAUGUUGUCGACGAUUUCAAAGUGCAGAACCCUGACUCCACCGGCCACGAAGCUCUCUUCUAUUCGUUCUACGUCUUCUUCACCAAGUUUGCCUCUGGAGUCUCCCUUGGCAUUUCCACGCUCAGUUUAGAUUUUGCAGGCUACAUCAGUAGAGGCUGCUCUCAACCAGAGGAAGUGGAUAUAACCUUGAAAGUGCUGGUCUCCGCCGCCCCCAUCGCUCUCAUCAUCAUCGGCCUGAUCAUAUUGUACUCGUAUCCAAUCACUGAGGAGAGGAGGCAAGGCAAUCGCAAACUGCUGCAGGAACAGAGGGACAACGAGGCAGAUUCAGAAACGGACUCGACAGAACUGACCAAAAUGGUCUAGCAACGAGACCUGGGGGCCAUUGGGGUUAUCGACUGGCAUUUUUGCACUGGGCGGGACCAACUUCACUGGGACCGUUGGAUCAUACGGACACUGCCUUGUCCGAUCACACUGCUGCUGUUCCACGUCGACAAAAACUUUGAUUGGCUCAAAAGUGUCAUCGCUUCAGGCACGCUGAGGCCUUUCUAAAAACCUAGUCUUCUGCCUUUGUGACUUUUUCCAAGCAUAAAAUUCACUCUCCUCUUUUGUUCAGUCAGAUCUCAAAAGCCUUACAUUUUGUAAAACAUAGGAGUACUGUGGAAAACUCCUUUUUUUUGAUUGGAAGGUUGGCCUUUUUCUUCGUUGAAAUUGCACAAAACUGUGAACUGUGAUGGGAGCCUGCUUUGUCUAGUGCUGCCAUCUAUUGGUGCUACUCGCUGAAGCUGAACAGUUUCCAUCCUUUUACAUACCACAUGGAGCAGUAAUGAUCUUGAGCACUGUGCUAAAGACAUCUUUAUAGCUCCUGAGAUGUGAACAUGGUGAGAAACUUGAACAAAUUAAUAUCAGCCCCGUUUUAGGGAUAAAAAUUCAAAACUUAAAAUAAACUGACACUUGAUGUUGAGUCAUUGACUUGGUGCGUAUUCUGAACAUGUUUAAAUAUGUUUGGGAAUUUUACGAUGAAUCCUCAUAGUUUACAGAAACCAGUCCGUUUGUUUCCAUCUCAUUUCCAACCCACUGGCUUUUUAUUUAUAUAUAAAUAAAAUAAAUAAAAUAAAUAGCCAGCCAGCGGGUUGGAAAUAUAUAUAAAUAAUUUAAAAAAAGAAGCUGUCAUAAUGUGAACUGAAUGAGUAGCUGGACAGUUAGAGCUUUGCUCUGAAAAGUUUCUUUUAGUUCCCCAUCAUAGUACGGAAACCACUACAAUAUUAAAAACAGUUAGUUUGCAAUUCAGUUACUUGCAUUAUCCUUUCUAUAGGACAGCUACUGAAGACGAGAAAAGCUUCUUUUUUUUUUUCCUAAAUGCUUUCUUUUUGUUAAUACUGAGCAAAAUUGACUACAGCCUAUACUGAUAGUAAUUACGGAUACCAUUAUUUAUAUAUUUGUUGGUUUUGAUUUUACUGAAUUCAUGUUUGCUGGUAAGUCAUUCUUCUUGCAGUAUUUAAAUAUAUUUAAGGCCUAUGAGGUUCCAACUGAAUUACAAGUUUCAAAAUGAGGAAAAUGGGGUAGAAUUCAAAUUUUAAAACAUUUAUACGCUUUUUAAUGCAUGCUGCCAACGCUACUAUCUUUGCACAAUAUGCAUUUGAAAAGGGAAGCACAUAAUUGUGGGGGGGGGAGACUGGAAGGUGGGGGAGUGAACUCGUUGUUUCCCUUGUGUUUUUUGAAUGUUAAUUCUUCUUUGUGUAUACCUGUGUUUAUUGAAGAAACAACCAGGAUGCUUUGUGAUCAUCUCAAUCCCUGUCACGAUAAUGUGGAUUGACAUAUUUCAUAUCUAAUGAUAUGGAAACGUGUACAUACAGUGUCAUAUGUUAUACAUACUGUUACAUAUUUGACAUGUUCCGUGUUUGCCAAUGUGAAAAUGUUCAUAUUUCAUUCACUUUAUAUUUUUUUUCUCUCUAUAGAUGUCCUUAACAUCUCUAUUAGAGGAUACUGAACAUGCUAACACAGUGGUGGUUUUCACCCACUAACCCCUGUAAUAAUUGUACAUCGUGUAAAUCUCAUCCUGUUUUAGUUUGCCAGUGUUUUGUCUUGUAUGGCUCUGUCAGUGAACUUCCUUCAUGACUCUUGAGGCUGUAGCCAAAUGUGUGAGCUUUAAUCUCACAGGGACAUACAAAAGCCUUGUGUACAUGCCUUCUUGCAUUUUGUAUAUAUUGUAUGUAAAACCUGUAUAUUUCUUUGAUAUUUGUGGCAGUGUGAUGGACCUAUGUUCACUGUAGUUAUUUAAGGAAGGAGUGUUGAGAUUGGGAAAGAUAGUUAAUAAAUACUAAUUGAUAAGUGUACUGUGAA